AUGUCUUCUAUCUCCCACUGCUGUAAUGUUGUCUGCCGUUGUGCUCAAUGUAGCAGAAAUUCACAGGGAUACUCAUUGGUGACAAGCAGAACUGCUGAGCGCCAUAUUAGAAAAGAUGAGCUUGAGAGAAUCGAGAGACUGGAUACGGCUGAAAGAUUGGCAAAUAGUAUGCUAUAUUCAGGGUUUAUUUCUCAAUUACUGACUGUGCAAGAAGAACAAAUGAUGGACGUUGAUACCCAAUACGAUCAGGCCAACUCACCUGAUUCGAAUGCCACCACGAUGGCUGACAAUGUCUCGGUAGAUGAUGAGAUCAGCGAGGUCAAUGGCAAUGACUCUGACUGUUGUGGUGGUUGA